GGAAACACUUUGAAUGGCGUACUAGUAGUCCGGCCUGCAUGGUUUCUGCUAGGCUACUGGAUUAUCAACUUUGCGCCUAAUUGAUUGCUAUUGGGAGUCACCCGGAUAGCUGAAUCAAGCCUAAUCAAGCCCCAGCCACGGAAUACUCCCUCACUUGUCUCUUCUCCAUAAUAAGAAGCGAAGUUCUCCUCUGACUUCUCUUACAUCUUUCUUGUUCGCGCUCCAAUCUCUCGUACCGGUCUCUCGUCCUCAAGCAAUACCCGUCGCUCACAGACAAACUCUACGUCUUUUUCAAUUCUACACAAAUCAGUGUAAUCCCAACACACAAUCACCAUGCCUUUCACCGCAUCAGACAUCUGCAAGAUCAUCCUUGCCAUCAUCCUCCCUCCUCUCGGUGUCUUCCUGGAGCGAGGAUGCAAUGCUGAUUUCUUCAUCAACAUUCUGCUCACCAUCCUCGGUUACAUUCCCGGCAUUAUCCAUGCUCUGUACAUCAUUCUGAAGUACUAAGCGGAGCUUGACCGAUCUCUUUACAUCACCGACAAUGUCACUACCCGCACGGGGACCGACCCAACCUCGAUUGCAAAUCUUGAUAUCCAUUUGCCCGUCCCUUUGAUUCCGAGAGUAUGAUACAUCAGUUGUCGCGUUGAGCCUUGCGCGCAUGUCCGUCUUCGAUCCGUCGCAGACUUGGAGAAUGGGCCAUUCCCAUAAAGGGCGAGCGCAAGGUGCGAAUGGACCGGUGUAAGAAUACAAAUCAACAACUCUUUUGCUGGACGGAUAAGAAGUGUUCCAUUCGAAAUCGAUGCACGAGGCAUAGCGCCUUUGCACGCAGGGAUGGGACGUGUAAAACACCUUAAUUCAGCAUAAUGAGACAGCUAUCCUUCUAAUAUUCGGACCUCUUAUCCCA